CCGCGGAGGAUCCGAUGAAGUGGUGGAGAGAGUCCAGAAGAAGAACGGAAGGAAAGUGGAACUGCUCAGCCCCCUGCCGCCACCGCCGCAGCCGGAGAACAAGGAACAGGAGAAGCGAAGUGAGGAGAAGCACAAAGCAGAGGAGGAGAAGGAGCAAGAAAGGUGGGAUCUUUUUGGUGGAAACGGGGGUGCAGACGGCGGAGCCGGCCCUGAAGAGCUCGGAGGUGACGGUGAAGGGCGUGUUCGACUCGGCGAGCCUGGUGGCGUACGUCCACAAGCGGCAAGCGGCGGUGGUGAAGCAGGAGACAGAGGAGAACACCAAGGCGGCGGAGAAAGAGAAGAAGGCGGAGACGGAGAAUGGUUUGCCGUUCGAUCAGUGAGCCCUUCCAAAUCAUUGACUAAUGCUUGGUGGGGGUUCAACAGGCUGCUCAGCUUGGAUUGUGGUCCUCAGGAUCAGAACACAAAUGAUUUCUUGCAGAUAAGCAUGGAUGAGGGUAUCUCCAUUUGUGUU